AUGCGCUCCUUCAGUCUCCUUUCUUUGGCCCUGCCUCUCGCGGCCGCUGCCUCGCUGCCCUGGGAGGAAAUCGCUCGUCGUCAGCUGCCCAAUGAGCCUACCGAUGUUAAGACCAUCAAAACGGCCAACAAUGUCACCAUUCGGUACAAAGAGCCCGGCAAGCAGGGAGUGUGUGAGACCACUCCCGGGGUCAACUCGUACUCGGGCUACGUCGAUCUGAACGAGCAUGCGCACACCUUUUUCUGGUUCUUCGAGGCUCGCAAGAACCCUGAGACUGCUCCAAUCACCUUGUGGUUGAACGGUGGUCCCGGUAGUGACUCGCUCAUCGGUCUCUUCCAGGAGCUCGGCCCGUGCCGUGUCAAUGAGAACAAUGAGACGGAGCUCAACCCUCACUCUUGGAAUGAAGUCUCGAACAUGCUGUUCCUUUCUCAGCCCCUGGGCACCGGAUUUUCCUAUGCCGACAAGUCCCCCGGUUCUCUCAACCCUUACACUGGUGUCUUUGAGGAUGCCGAGUUUGGUGGUGUGACUGGUCGUUAUCCUGUCAUCAACGCCACUAUGAUUGACACCACUGUUCUUGCUGCCGAAGCUACUUGGGAAGUCCUGCAAGUUUUCCUGAGUGGUCUAGGUAAGCUGGAUCCCAAUGUCAAGUCCAAGAGCUUCAACCUGUGGACUGAGAGUUACGGAGGACACUAUGGCCCUGCCUUCUACGACCACUUCAUGAAGGAGAAUGAAAAGAUUGCCAGUGGUUGCAACGAAGGAGUGGAAAUUGAAUUCAACACUCUGGGAAUAAUCAACGGAAUCAUCGAUGAGGGUAUCCAGGCUCCUCACUACCCGGAGUUUGCGCGCUACAACACCUAUGGUAUUGAAGCUGUCAACGAGACGGUCUACAACUACAUGAAGUUUGCCGACGCCAUGCCCAACGGUUGUCAGGACCAGGUUCUGUCCUGCAAGUACACCAACCGGACUUCCCUCGCCGACUUUGCGAUUUGCAGCGAAGCGACCAACAUGUGCCGUGACAACGUUGGUACGUACACACAACCGUCCCUCUUUCCAUUUGAUAAGAUCUCCUCACUAACGGACUUUGUUUUUUUCUCCCAUUUUAUAGAGGGCCCAUACUACCAAUUCAGCGGCCGCGGCACCUACGACAUCCGUCACCCUAGCCGCGACCCCACCCCUCCUGAAUACUACCAAACCUACCUCGCCAAAGACGAAGUCCUCAACGCCCUCGGCGUCGACCUUAACUACACCCAGUCCAACAACGACGUCUACUUCGCCUUCCAACAGACUGGCGACUUUGUCUGGCCCAACUUCAAGGAAGACCUCGAGGAUAUUCUCAAGCACAAUGUCCGCGUCGCCCUCAUCUACGGCGACGCAGACUACAUCUGCAACUGGUUCGGCGGCCAGGCCGUCUCGCUGGCUAUGAACUAUGCCCACAGCAAGGAAUUCCGCAAGGCCGGAUAUGCGCCUUUCACCGUCGACGGUGUGGAGUACGGCGAGACAAGAGAGUACGGUAACUUUUCGUUCACCCGCGUAUAUGAGGCGGGCCACGAAGUUCCGUACUAUCAGCCCGUUGCGUCGUUGCAGCUGUUCAACCGCACGCUGAAUGGAUGGGAGUUGAGCACGGGAGAGAAGAAAUUAGGCAUGAAGGAGGGGACCAAGGGUCCGGCCACGGCGACUCAUACUGAGUCGUCGGUUGCGCUGCCCACAAAGACCGGUCAUUAA